UUAAACCGAAAGCGCGUUUAGGAGACUGGGGACGUCGUCAUGUCCGCGAACUAUUUUGUGGAUUCACUGAUAAAUAAUGAACCUCAAGAGGUUUUCAAGGCCAGCGGACAUUUCACAGACAUGUGUUCAUCGCCAUUUUUAUCAGCAGACUGUUCACACCUUUCUUCGUGCAGUUAUGCAUCUAAAAAUGCUCUCUUUACUUCGGCGUGGGAUCCUAUAUAUUCACAAAAAUCCGUCUUUUAUGUCAAACAUCCGGCCAUUGGCGCAGACUCGAGAUUUUUACAGCCAUGGAUUGAACCUGCAGUGAGCAGUAGAAAUUACGACCUGACGUGUGAGGACUUAUCAGACAUGAGACAUAAAGAAAAUUCUUGUUAUGUAUAUGAUCCAUCGACGCCUACAAAGUUUCAGCAGCUCAACUCUACUCCACUCAACUCCGGAAAGACUAAAGAAGACAAACCCGGGUUAGAUCCCAAUAAUCCUGCGGUCAGUUGGAUAAGUGCAAAGUCGACCAGAAAGAAACGCUGUCCUUACACGAAAUAUCAAAUUUUAGAGUUGGAAAAGGAAUUUUUGUUCAACAUGUACCUCACCCGGGACCGUCGGUAUGAAGUAGCACGAGACCUCAAACUCACGGAGCGCCAGGUCAAAAUCUGGUUUCAAAAUCGACGCAUGAAAAUGAAGAAAAUGAGCACGGAUAUAACUCAAGACAGAAAGUCAUGAUAAAUUAGCUAACAUUUCUGGACAAAACAAAAUGGAUUGUAUGUUUUCCAGGGAAAACCAUUUAUUAUUAUAAAUAUUAUGUUACCUAAAAUAAUAAAUGUAACAUAGUAUUAGGUUUAAAAGUGAAAACAUUUAACGUCGUCUCAACUGGAACAUGCAUUAGUUUCUACAUUUAAACGAUUGUUUUUGUUUAAAUUUUCUUAGCAGUAUUUUUUUUUACUUUGUCUUUUUAGUGUACUGUUACACUAUGUUACUGAAGGAGUAUCCGUGAUAGCUUGGAACAUUAAGUAUUUCGUAUAUCUUUAACAAUUUUGUAAAAACAUACCAUUCUUCUGAUGACAAAAGCAAAAGGAGGAAAAGUGUUGGACAGACUAAGCCCCUGCAGGGAGGUUCAUGUAACACUGCCUCAUUAUUGUGUACUAAAAUAAUGUUUGUUUCAGAGUUUCAGAAACUUGAGCCGUUUAAUGUGCCAUGCUAAAAGACUUUCGUAAUUGUAUUUCAUGCUUACUGAUAUUCCAACAAGAGGUUAUAACGGGAUUGUUUUCUGUCUGCGAAAUAUAAAACCUGGAUUUGGAUUUAUAAGGUUUAGAUAUAGUUGGAUUUUUAGAAGGUUUGGGUCAAUAUAUAUAAACAUCUUUCUGCAUAUUACUUGCUGUUGUUUAUCUCAUUUGUUCACCUUGUUAUAUAGAGCCUUCUAUACAAAAAAAAAACAUCCAGGAGAAAUUUCCUCAUUUUUUAAACUGCACCACAAACUGUAAUGACAGGAUGUGGAGAGAUUUUAAGGCUCUAUCUUGCAAGUGUCUUCCGUUCGCAGCAAUGCAGCUUUACGACACUGAUUCGGAAGCGCUGUUUGUCUCGGGGGUCAAACAAAACAAAACCUAACUGGCUAGACGUCUAGCCUAAAUUACUUUAUUGUUUUUAUUGGAGGCGACGCUGAGACUUGUUACAAAGGGGUUAUUACACUUGUUUUCGGUCCGCGACAAACGCGUCCAGCCUGUUGUCCCUUAUCACAUUCCCGUCACUUAGAAAGGGGUUUUUUGUCAAAAGCGAAUUUCAGUUUUCGUCAAGGGUGAGUACUGUUUUAGAACAAAAAUAUUGUACAGCCUAUUCCUUUAUUUCUUUGUCUUGUAUAUUUGAUCACGAUCAAAUUAUAAUAAAUUGAAAUGCACACAGUGCACUUAAAUGUCCUUUUCUCAAAACAAUUAAAUGAGUCAGAUCCAAUACAGAACCAUUUUUGUAGGUUAUUAACGAAAAUGGUUUUGAAAGAUGUUUAAAUGAUGU